AUGGCUGUUGGCAAGAACAAGCGCCUUUCCAAAGGCAAGAAGGGUCUCAAGAAGAGAACCCAAGAUCCCUUCACCCGAAAAGAUUGGUACUCCAUCAAGGCUCCAUCCACCUUCAACCAGCGAGAUGUCGGCAAGACCCUCGUCAACCGCACCACUGGUUUGAAAUCAGCCAAUGAUGCUCUAAAAGGACGGAUCUUCGAAGUCAGCCUGGCCGAUCUGCAAAACGAUGAAGACCACGCAUUUCGCAAAGUCAAGCUCCGAGUCGAUGAGGUACAAGGCAAAAACUGCCUGACCAACUUCCACGGCUUGGACUUUACAUCGGACAAGCUGCGAUCGCUGGUUCGCAAGUGGCAGACCCUGAUCGAGGCCAAUGUGACCGUUAAGACGACCGACGACUACCUGCUCCGCCUGUUCGCGAUCGCCUUCACCAAACGCCGCCCCAACCAGAUCAAGAAGACCACAUACGCGGCAUCCUCGCAGAUUCGCGCCAUCCGCAAGAAAAUGACAGAGAUCAUCCAGCGCGAGGCCACUUCCGUCACCCUUGCUCAGCUCACGGGCAAAUUAAUCCCCGAGGUCAUUGGUCGUGAGAUCGAGAAGAGUACUCAGGGCAUCUACCCUUUGCAGAACGUCCAUAUUCGCAAAGUCAAGUUGCUCAAGGCGCCCAAGUUUGAUCUUGGUGCUUUGCUCGGUUUGCAUGGUGAGAGCACACAAGAUGAUUCAGGUCAAAAGGUCGAGAGGGAAUUCAAGGAACCUGCGCCGUUGGAUAGCGUGUAA